UGGCUGGACUCGGCCGCCGCUGUGGUGUGAGGUGCGUGUCCGGGCUCUCGCCGUCACCGCACCCGCACCGCGGCUACUGCCGUGCGGUCCGCCGUUCGACCGCCAGCCCUCGGGCCCCUUGCCCGCUGCGGACAUGCCGCGCGUCUACAUAGGACGCCUGAGCUACAACGUCCGGGAGAAGGACAUCCAGCGCUUUUUCAGUGGCUAUGGCCGCCUUCUCGAAAUAGACCUUAAAAAUGGGUACGGCUUCGUGGAGUUCGAGGACUCCCGCGACGCCGACGACGCCGUUUACGAGCUGAACGGCAAGGAGCUGUGCGGCGAGCGCGUGAUCGUGGAGCACGCCCGCGGCCCGCGCCGGGAUCGCGACGGCUACAGCUACGGAAGCCGCAGUGGUGGAGGUGGAUACAGCAGUCGGAGAACCUCUGGCAGAGACAAAUAUGGACCACCUGUACGCACAGAAUUCAGACUAAUUGUAGAAAAUCUUUCUAGUCGUUGCAGUUGGCAAGAUUUAAAGGAUUUCAUGAGACAAGCAGGUGAAGUAACCUAUGCAGAUGCUCACAAAGAACGCACAAAUGAAGGUGUCAUUGAGUUUCGCUCCUACUCUGACAUGAAGCGUGCUUUGGAUAAACUGGAUGGUACAGAAAUCAAUGGGAGAAAUAUUAGACUCAUUGAAGAUAAGCCACGAACAAGCCAUAGGCGGUCUUAUUCUGGAAGCAGAUCUAGGUCACGAUCUAGAAGAAGGUCACGAAGUAGAAGUCGUAGGAGCAGCCGCAGUAGAUCUCGAAGUAUCUCAAAAAGUCGCUCCCGAUCCAGGUCUCGGAGCAAAGGUCGGUCACGGUCUCGUUCCAAAGGCAGGAAAUCUAGAUCAAAAAGCAAAUCUAAACCCAAGUCUGAUCGGGGCUCCCGUUCGCGUUCUCGGAGCAGAUCGAAGGAUGAGUAUGAGAAAUCUCGAAGCAGGUCUCGUUCUCGAUCUCGUUCCCCCAAAGAAAAUGGAAAAGGUGAUAUAAAGUCCAAAUCUAGAUCAAGGAGCCAGUCCCGUUCCAAUUCACCCCUACCUGCUCCACCCUCAAAGGCCCGUUCUGUGUCCCCUCCACCAAAAAGAGCUUCAAGAUCCCGUUCUAGAUCUCGUUCAAAGUCAAGGUCACGAUCCAGAUCAAGUUCCAGAGAUUAACCCAGAACUCUCCAUUCUUUGCACACUAUUACGGAACACUUUCCUACUUGCUUAGUCAGUUACUCUUUCAUGUUUCUACUUGGCCCCUUCUGCAAGAAGAAACCUCCCAAAAUGGGCACACAGAAAUUGGAUUUGUAGCCAAAUUUGAUGAAAAAGAUGAGGUUCUAAAGAAAUGGCAUGAAGUCAAAGAUCCUCUCCCUUCUUUGUAGAAUUAAGAUAACUUUGAUUUUAUAGCUUUUGAGCUAAAAUAACUUUUGUAAAGAUUAAGCUCAUUUAGAUUUUUUUUUUUUUUUAAGUAUUUCAGCAGGAUCUGCUGAAGGGGUUUUGUUAUUGUUAUAUUUGUUUGCUUAAUUUUAAAUUAACCUUUUCAGGCUUUGAAUACUUAAGGCUUUAGAGGGAGAACCCAAUUUUCAAUUAUGUUGGCUUUUUAUAAAGCUUGAGUUAUGUAAGAUUUCAAUAAAAGUUUGCUACCAAGAUGAUUGCCUUACUUGAAUAGGUCACUCUUAAAUUCCUUGAGAUACUGAUAAUCUAUCUGUGGAAACAAUGUAAAUUCUACUUACGUGUAAAACAAGGCAAGUCUCAGAUGCAAUAAGUUUGGAUACGUUGCUUUGUGCUGUUAAUCAAAUUUGCCAAAAUCACUUUGGCCCCUUAAACAGGUUUAAGUUAAAAAUAAAAAGAUUUUGUAGUGGA